UUAAAAAAAGAAAUAAGGCCUAGAAGCGCAUCGAUUUCUAUACAUACAUACAUACAUACAUACACAUAAAUAUAUAAAAAUAUAUAUAUAUAUACACAACGUAAGGUAAGCAUGGUUGAGGGAGGAAUUGCACAGGCAGAUAAGACCGAGUUCACGGAAUGCUGGAGAACGUCAUGGAAAACACCUUACAUUAUGAGGCUUGCUUUAUCGGCCGGCCUCGGUGGUCUCCUCUUCGGAUACGACACAGGUGUUAUCUCCGGCGCACUUCUGUACAUACGUGAGGAUUUCAAGCAGGUAGAUAGGCAGACAUGGCUUCAGGAAACCAUCGUCAGUAUGGCCGUCGCCGGCGCCAUCGUCGGCGCUGCUGUCGGAGGAUGGAUCAACGACAGGUUCGGAAGAAAAGUUUCUAUCUUGAUCGCGGACGUGCUCUUCUUCGUGGGCGCCAUCGUUAUGGCACUUGCUCCGGCCCCAUGGGUAAUCAUCAUCGGGAGGAUAUUCGUGGGACUCGGUGUCGGGAUGGCUUCGAUGACAUCCCCUCUAUACAUAUCGGAAGCAUCUCCUCAUAGAAUCAGAGGCGCACUCGUCAGCACAAACGGACUUCUCAUCACCGGCGGCCAGUUCUUUUCAUAUCUCAUCAAUCUAGCUUUCACCCACGUACCCGGAACAUGGCGGUGGAUGCUCGGAGUUGCUGGUAUUCCUGCCAUCAUUCAGUUUGUUUUGAUGCUAUCACUCCCAGAAUCUCCAAGAUGGCUUUUCAGAAAUGGCAAGGAAGAAGAGGCAAAGGCCAUAUUGGAGAAAAUUUACCCAGCAGAAGAAGUUGAGCACGAGAUUCAAGCCCUUCAAACAUCCAUCAAGCAAGAGAAAGAGGAGCAAGUCGGAGAAGGUGGCAUCUUCGGCCAAUUAAAAAGUGCAUGGAAAAACGACGUUGUUCGAAGAGGUCUCUAUGCCGGCAUUACAGUCCAGGUGGCACAGCAGUUUGUCGGCAUAAACACCGUCAUGUACUACAGCCCUACAAUCAUCCAAUUCGCAGGUUUCGCAUCAAACAAGACAGCUAUGGCACUCUCUCUCAUCACUUCUGGACUCAACGCGGUUGGCUCGAUAGUCAGCAUGUGCUUCGUCGACAGAUACGGUAGAAGAAGGCUCAUGAUCAUCUCCAUGAUCGGAAUCAUCACUUGCCUGAUCGUAUUAUCCGGAGUCUUCUACCAAGCCUCGGCCAACGCCCCCAAAAUCAGCCCAUCCGAGAGCGCUUUCUUCGGUGCAAACUCUACUUGCACUGCUUACACAACCGCACCCGACGCAUCUUCUUGGAGCUGCAUGAAAUGCCUUUCCAAAGACGUUGAUUGUGGUUACUGCUCUGCAGGAGCCAGCUUGUACCAUCCAGGGGCGUGUUUGGUGAUGACAGACGAAGUAAAAGGGGCGUGCAAAGCGUCGAAAAGAACAUGGUACUCAGAAGGGUGCCCGAGCAAGAUAGGAUUCUUGGCAGUGAUAUUGUUGGGAUUGUACAUCAUAGUAUACUCACCAGGAAUGGGAACAGUCCCCUGGAUUGUGAACUCUGAGAUUUAUCCGCUCAAAUACAGAGGGAUUGGUGGAGGUAUAGCUGCUGUUUCUAACUGGAGUUCAAAUCUUGUAGUGAGUGAGACUUUCUUAACGCUGACGGAGCAUCUAGGGUCCGCCGGCACUUUCUUGUUGUUUGCAGGGUUUUCUUUCGUAGGACUUGUCUCCAUUUUCUUCCUCGUACCGGAAACCAAAGGUCUCCAGUUCGAGGAGGUUGAGAAGAUGUUGCAAAAAGGCUACUCUCCAUUUAACAAGACUGACAAUAGAGAUGAUGAUCAUCAUCAUCAUCAGAGCAAAUAAUAAUCAUUAAUCAUCUUUAAUAAAGGGAUUAAUUCAGCUAUAUAUUAUAUAGCUAGCUAGUUUUACAUAAUUGUUUCCCCAUUCAUCACCUCAUGUUUUGUUUAUGGUAAUUACUCUGUCAUUUUGUACACUUGUAAUUAUUUUAUAUUAAUUAAUAUCAAUAA